AUGGCAGCAGAACAAGACAUGGAUCGAGUGACGAUUUCACCUAUUCUCGAUACAAUUGAUAUUAUCAACAAUACAUUGUCAUCGAAUUUAACUAAUGGAAGUAAUGCAACAAAAGAAACUCCAUUUGUUGCACGCACCGAUGGAAUGUUAUUAUCGUAUUCAUUUCUUUUAUUAUCGGCUCUUUUAUGCGUUUAUGUUGGUUCGUACAGAUCGAUUAUACGUAAAAAUAAUCAAGAAAAAUCAGGCGAAAAACCCGAUGUAUUAACAGCGAAAGAUGCAGCCAUGUUUCCGUUUAUUGCUAGUGGUUUUCUAUUUGGAAUUUAUGUCGUUAUAUUGAUGGUAUCAAAGGAAUACAUAACAUUUGUUUUAAAUAUUUAUUUUUUUCUUAUUGGUGUUGUAGCAUUGUAUCGUGCACUGCAACCGGUAUUGAAAUCAAAAACAUUAUUCAAUUUUCAUUUUCUAAAUCAAAUAAAAAAACGACAAUUUCAUGUAACAUUAUUCGAAAAUACACAACAACAGACUGAAGAAAAGGAAAAGCAUCAAACGCCGCCAACCAAAGGAAAUAAGUUGAUUGAAUCAACAACUGCAACCGUACUAUCAUCGACAAUACAUGAUAAAAUGCAUCUUGAUUUGGACUUUGAUUUAGUUGAUGUUGGAAUAUUUUUUGUAUGCGCUUUGGUUGGCGUAUGGUAUUUAUUAAAACGUCAUUGGAUAGCCAACAAUAUAUUUGGUAUUGCAUUUUCUAUUAAUGCCAUUGAAAUAUUACAUUUUAAUAAAGUGUUAAAUGGUUGUGUGUUAUUAAGUGGUUUGUUUGUUUAUGAUAUAUUUUGGGUUUUUGGUACAAAUGUUAUGAUUACAGUUGCAAAAUCAUUCGAUGCGCCAAUUAAAUUGAUAUUUCCACAAGAUUUAAUUGAAAAUGGUUUGUUUAGUGCAAAUAAAUUUGCCAUGUUAGGCUUAGGUGAUAUUGUUGUGCCAGGUGCAUUUAUUGCCUUAUUAUUACGAUAUGAUAUGACAAGACGAACCAAGAAUGGUUCUGCAUUAUAUUUUAACGUUUCUUUUGUGGCCUACAUAAUUGCUUUGGUUGUAACAGUUUUAAUACUACAAAUAUUUAAGCAUGGGCAACCGGCAUUAUUAUAUAUUGUUCCAUUAUGUUUAAUCUUCCCGUUGUUUACCGCAUUAGUGAAAAAUGAUCUCAAACCGAUGUUUGCCUAUGAAGAUCAUCCGACCACAGAUGAAAAGAAUUCAGCAUUACAACCAACAACAACAACAACUGCUGCUGGUGUUAGUGAUCCAAAAAGAAAGAACGAAUGA